CUCCCCUCUAAUUCCUUCCAGGCUCUUAUUUUAUGAUAGCAAAAUAUCUCCACCAGGGCAUACUUUUGUUGAUACUUCCUCAAUAAGCAGUAUACCCUUAGUCUGCAUGAAAGUGUGAAGUUAACAAAAAAUCACACAUCAGUGUGAGACAAAUGUUUAACAAUUUCAUAUUCAAUGAGACUACUUAAUACUUUCGUUCGUGCGAAGCUAUUUUCAAGAUGGCGUUACAAGUUAUGUGUUUUAAUGUACUUGAUUAUUGGAGUACUCUUCGUUAAUCUGUACUUGGUAAACUUUUCAAGCCGAGUUGUAUACAUCCAUCCUGAUGAAUUGAUUGAUAUGGAACACUGUCGCCUAAUGGAAAAGCAAGUUUGUUGCCCUAGUGCGGAUUAUCUGGAUAUGUCGAAGUUUGACUCUGUCGAUUUUAAAAACUAUCUGGAGAUAAUCAAUACCACUAAACAGGUUUGUGAAGGAAGCUGGAAACCGAAAUGUUCUUCGUCACAAAAGGUAGCUGUCAUUAUACCUUACAGAGACAGAGAGAAACACUUGAAACUAUUACUACCAAGACUUCACGCCCUAUUGCUGAGACAAAAUAUGCCAUAUUAUGUCUUUGUAAUCGAACAAGCUGGGAAAACACCUUUCAACCGUGGUCUGCUUCUUAAUGUUGGAGUUUUACAUGCGUUAGAUAUUGAUCCGAGCAUAAAUUGUUUCAUCUUUCAUGAUGUUGAUCUUUUGCCUGAAAAAAGCGAAAAUCUUUACAUCUGUGAUACAGAAUUACGACACUUAUCCCCUGCUAUUGAUGACUUCCGAUAUCAUCCACCAUUCAUAAACUAUGCAGGUGGAGUCGCUGCAAUGACGAAAAAGAACAUACUAAAGAUAAAUGGAUUUCCAACACGUCAUUGGGGUUGGGGCAGUGAAGAUGAUGAAUUUUCAGCGCGUGGUUUAAUCUAUAAUUUAAAGUUAACUAGACCCCCGGAAUCUAUUGGACGGUAUAAAGCACCAAGACAUCAAAAAGGAUCUAUAUCUAUUGGACAUCAAAGUGCAUUUUUACAAUUUCGUAAUUACUUACAUGAUGGUUUUACUCUUUUAACAGAGAAAUUUUAUCAUGAUUGGAAGUUAGAAUCAUUACGUCGUCAAACUAAAAAGUAUACAUUGAAUAAAUCAGAGAAGUUUAAAAUUCCUGUCUUUUUGAAUGAAUGUACGCGCCAAAAUAUCCUGUCCCGUUUAAAUAUUAAUAUGAAUUCAGUAGAAAUUGUACAUAACCUUAGUGCGAUAUCUUCAUCUAAUAUUGAAUUACUCAAUCAAUUUGCUCGUGAUGAUCUAUUUAUUCACUUUAUAUUUGAUCCAGUUGACUUUUAUAUUCAAAGUAAGUCAUUGUUGAAACCGAAAGGUAAUCAUACAGUUGAAUCAUUAUGGUGGUUUCUUCACUUUUAUGGAUGGAUAUAAGGUGUAUAUUUAUUUAUUUAUUGAUUCAUUCAUUCAUCUCUGUCUUUUCGAAGAGUAAAAGAUCAAUUUUCUUUUGAUACUUCUUGUACAGUAACUUCAAUAUUUAUUUAUUCACCUUCUUUUCUAUUCUUUCUUUUUGUGUACUUUGUAAUUAUAUUCUAAUUUGAUCGAUUUUGUGUAUUUAUCUCCAUACUAGCUAACACCCAGUGGUGGUGGUGGUGGUGGUAUGUAGUAAGGGAAUAUACUCUUGGAGAUUUAAGUAGACC